AUGGUUUUAUAUUUUGAAUCCAAACAUUCUUAUAAUUACGACUUUGAAACAACUUCAUUAGCUUAUUUAAAUCGAUAUCCAAAUCCAUUUGCAAAACAUGUUUUAUCAAUUGAUACUUUAGAUUAUCAUAUUGACUCUCAAGGACAAUUAUGUAAAACUAAUCUUAUAGUAAAACAAGGUAGAUUACCAAAAUUUAUAAAACCAUUUAUUGGAUCAGCAAAUUUAAAAAGUUGGAUAAUUGAAAAAAUUAUAAUUAAUCCAAAAUCAAAAUCUAUGAUUACUUAUACUUCAAAUAUAGAUCAUCAUAAAUUUAUAAGAGUUGAAGAAAUGUUGAAAUAUAGAGAAAAAGAUAAUAAUAAUACUACUGAAGUAUUAUCAAAAGUUAAAUUUCUGAGUAAUUUAUUUGGAUUUAAAAGAAAAAUUGAACAAUGGUCGCACGAAAGGUUUAAAUUGAAUUAUAAUAAUACUAAAGAUGGUUUAACUUAUGUUAUGAAUAAAUUAAAACAAAGAAGAAGAGGAAUGAUGGUUGUUGAAUAA